AUGAGGUCUAUUCUAUACUCGUUUUGGCUAUUACCUCGGUUGAUACCUUUUAGUCAAGGGCAGACUGAGGAAGCAUGGACGGCGCUUAAUACUUCUAUCGGCGGGCGUCUCCAUCCCUUGCGGCCAUUUGCGUUUCCGUGUUUCUCGGUUUAUAACGGAGAGGCCACCGCGGUUGACGGAGCCGCAUGCUCCCUGAUCAGGGAGAACUACACGACAAAUUCAGUUCGUGUAGGAUACCCUAGCGGCUACAUGAAUCUGCAAGACGAAAUGUGUCUGAGUGAUGCCUCGGACCAAUGCCUACUCAAUAGCACGGUAAUUCCGGCGCCGGAACCGCCCUCGGGGGUUUCAUGCAAUCAAGGCAGCGUCCCUUCGUAUUACAUCGAGGUCCGGGGAGCGUCCGACGUCAGGGCUGCUUUUAAAUUCUCACGGGGAUACAGGAUACCCUUGACCAUCAAAAAUAGCGGCCAUGACUACAUGACCAGAAACAGCCAGAAAGGCUCGCUUGCGCUCUGGGUGCACCAUCUGCAAGAGCUCGCCUUCCACGACAAUUUCGUGCCAGAGGGAUGUGCGGCGGAUCUGAGUGGCCUUGGUGCUGCGAUCACAGCGGGAGCUGGUGCUAGCACUCACGACGUGAUGACCUUCGCAUCUCAACACGGCAGCACUUUUAUCGGUGGGUACUCGCCGACGAUUGCGGUCUCGGGAGGAUGGGUCCUCGGUGGCGGGCAUAGCGUGCUAUCGCCCGCAUACGGCCUCGGAGUCGAUCGGGUGGUGCAAUUCAAGAUCGUCACUCCUGAUGGUGCCGUCCGAGUUGCUAACCAAUGUCAGCAUGAGGACUUAUUUUGGGCUUUGCGCGGCGGCGGUGGGGGGACAUUUGGUGUUGUCCUAGAAGCUACGCAUCGCGUUGAACCCUCAAUGCCCGUCGCGAUCGCCAAUAUCAGAUUGCCUUCGAACAGCACGUCAGCGACAGCCUUGGAGUGGAUUGAGUUGAUGGCACGACAAUCCGUGGUCUGGGGUAAGCAGGGAUGGGGAGGGCACGCGGCAGGAUUGUAUCUUACGUACAUGAAUCCCCUCCCAGCCAUCGCCAACUUGUCAGAUGGAGGCGCUGCUGCACGAGAGUCGAUGAGCGCCGUCAUGGAAUUCGCACUUGCUGCUGGGGGCACCGGUAUCGUUGAAGUUUUGCCCGAUUACAUCGAUGUGUGGAAUAAAUACGUGCUACCAGGGGCACGAACAUCGUCGGGGGUGGCUCGCAUGUUGGCCACUAGACUAUUGCCGCGGAGGCUAUUCGAAGAUGAAGCUGGCAUCACUCAGAUAAUGAACUUCAUGAGGGCCGCGCAGGACCUGGGUUUUGACCCGCGGAACUUCUACUGCCCAGUGGACACCCCCUUCGUCGCGGACGGCGCGUCAGCCUCAGCGCAGAGGAGCGGGAAUACGGCCACAUCCGCAACAUCCGUUCAUCCAGCGUGGUACGAUUCUCUCUGGGACAUUUCGACAAGCUUACUCAUUCCGUGGAACGCGCCAUAUGCAGACCGUCUGCGGAGCAUGACAACCCUUACGAGAGCGACAGUCCUUGCCGAGAAAUUGACCGGCACUGACGGGGGGUCCUAUGUAAACGAAGCCAACCCCUUCACCCCGAACUGGCGCGAGUCAUGGUGGGGCGGCGAUAACUACGCGGCGCUGCUCGCGGUCAAGAAGAAAUACGACCCCGAGGGACUUUUGAAGUGCUGGAAGUGCGUCGGGUUCGAGGAUGAAGACAUAUUCAGCGAUCGGUUCCGGUGCCAGGGGAGGCUUGAGCAGGACGUCAGGGGUGAGAUAGGUAGGAACGCAUAA